AUGAGAAAGACUUUAUCAAAAGCUCGAUUAAAAUCGAAUCAACACCACAUUCUCGUAAAACGGUAUUUAAACAUGCUUAUGCUUUAUGAACCCUCGUUAGAAGGCUUAUUGCUAAGAGCAAUAGAGGACCCAAGUUGUACUUUAACGUCUCUAAUCUUAGGGCUUACGCUAGCCCUGACAAGCGGCCUUUUGGCAGGAGAUUACUGAUCUUGUUUUGACUGUGCAGUUGCUUCAUCUUCUUCGCCUUUUCUUUACCCUAUAAAAGAAAAGAACUAA